AUGGCAGCGACCCUGGCCCGCGCCUCCUUCCCUGCGGCCCUCCGAUCCCUUGCCAGCAGAUCGCGGCGGCACAGCGCUGCAGGAGCUGCUCUCUGCCGCUUCGACACCGCGGCUAGCGCCAAGAAGGAGACGUCCGGCGGCUCCCUUGUAAACGUCAGGCACACCGUCACCAGCGCCGGCGGCGGCAGGGCGUUGCAGGCGGAGGCGGCUGCGGCGGUGCCAUUACGGUCAGUGCCGGUGCGCGUGGCGUACGAGCUGCAGCAGGCUGGCCACCGCUACCUCGACGUCAGAACUGAAUCUGAGUUCAGUGCCGGACAUCCGGAGAGAGCUGUGAACAUCCCCUACCUGUUCAGAGCCGGCUCAGGAACGACGAAGAACACGUGCUUCCUCGAGCAAGUGGCCAGUAUAUUUGGGAAGAAUGAUGGGAUCAUCGUUGGCUGUCAGAGUGGCAGGAGAUCUCUCAUGGCAGCAUCUGAGCUCAGCUCCGCUGGUUUCACGACUGUGACCGACGUCGCCGGUGGAUUCUCUUCAUGGACGGAGAAUGGACUUCCUAUUACCCAGUAA